AUGGCACCUGCGAUUCGGGAGGUUACGCAAACACUGAUCGAGGCAGACACGACUCUUGUGACAGUCAUUACUCUGGGGUAUACUAGGCCAUGGCCAACGUUGGACUUGGUUACAUUGACGGUGACUACUCCAUUCACGACUGUCAUCCAUGUGGUCGAUAUAGCAGCGACUCCUGCGCCUGAACAAAUCAAUGCGGCCCCAAGCAGUGGACUUUCAGAUGGAAGCAAAGGCGCAAUCGCGGGGUCUAUCCUCGGUGUCGUGGUCUUUCUCCUGCUCUUAUACUAUCUUUACCUAUGUCGUUUGCAGUCGCGGGCAAUGACUUCACGAUCGGUCAAAGUUCCACUUGAUGCGCAAGAUCCUACGUCGCCUCCGGAUCCUGUCCCUACUGACGAUAAACCGGCAAGGAAAACGAAGACUGUUACUAUGUCGCCUGAUCUCCCUCGACAUCUUCCUCCAUUCUCGGCCUCGAAGGAUGCCAAGUUAUACAUCUCGCAUCUUGUGAGACUAUCGACAGAAACGAACUCGAGGACUGGGUUUGAGACAAGGGAAGGAAGAUUAGGACAACGGAUCCGCUUCAUGAUUCGAACGCGGGAGAAACAUAAACCAAGGAAGAAGCGUCGGAGGUCUCACAGGCAUCGAAGCAAACGCAAAUCUGCGAAGAAGGAUACGAAAGAAUGA